AGACACUUCCCGGACGAUGGAGGCCUAAUCUGGAACAAUUUCUCCCACACAUUUUACAGCCAGCCAACAAUCUUAGUCUUGGGUCAAACCUCCAGUUAUUGAACGAUUUCAUCCAAUCAGAGGAUCUGUUGAAUUAUCAGCCUCGGCACCUCAAGUAUCCACCACGGAGGCGGGGGUGUCGCGAUGGCCUUUAGCCGUGCGCUCUAUCAGCUGUCCCUCCUACUGCUCUGCCUGGGGACGGCCCACCUGGCUCCGUUGCUGCCACAGGUCCCAGACGACCACCUGAAGAUGCUGUCGGUGGGACUGGGGAGGCUGCUGCGGGGGGUGGAGGACAACGCCCAGCGGCUGGAGGGGCAGGGGCGGCGGAUGGCCGUGGAGGUGGAGCAGGCCUACCAGGCCCUGGAGAGCCUUCGUAAGCAGAGCUUUCUGGCGGGCAGGACCCACAGGCAGGCCAGGAAAAACCUCCAGCUGAUGAGUGCCAGGGGGGACCAGCUAGAGGGGGUGGUCCAGGAACUGCAGAAGGGUCUGGGGCUGGUGGUGGAGGAUCAGGGGAUCCUGGAGCACAGGAUGGCUCAGGUUCUACAGAAACUCAGGGCCGCAUCGGACCCACAGAGGAACACCCAACCACAGCCCAACACAAGCCAGAUGAAGGUCACAGUGGAUAAUCAGGCAAGGCGAUUGGCUAGCCUGGCUUCCGAAGUGAAUGUGCGAGAUAAAAUGAUUAACAGACGUCUCCGGUCGAUUGAGGACCUGGAAAAACAGCUGUAUGACAUGAGAGGUGGUAUGCCGCUCCCGCCAAAGGUCAGACUCUGACGCGCCGGGAGAUGAGACGCAGCUGCAUCAACACCCUAAACGACGGAGGAUAAGCCUCGUAACUCAGUGCAGACUCUCUCUUACAAAGGUUUGAAAUGAAGCUAGCCGUCAACCUCGGGAGAAGGAUGUAUGGAAGUGUGGACUAGAAUAUGUAAAUGUGGAAAUAAAGGACCUCCCUUUUCCUGUGUGUGGUGUGCCUGGUGUGAAAGUUCUGUGCCUCUUUCAUUUGUUGAAGCUGCAUUCUGCUGUUCAGUAUCCAUCCCAAAGCAUUAAAAUAAACCAUCAAA